AUGAGCCUGGGCAUCAUGGAAGAGGAGGACCUCGCUGAGUACUUUCGGCUGCAGUAUGGAGAGCGCCUGUUACAACUGCUGCAGAAGUUCCCCAACAUUGAUGAGCAGUUGGAGUCCCCGUCCAUCCGGCUCCUGGAGAAGAAGAAGGAGGCCAAGAUCAUGCACCGAGCCAUGGAGCAGAAGAAGGAGAUGUUUCAGCGCAGGAUGGAAACGCUGAACCUGCGCUGGGAGGAGCUGGGCAUCAAGGAGGCUCAGCUGAAGGCCCACAUCCAGAAGUUUGAGCAGUUCAUCCAGGAGAACGACCAGAAACGGAUCCGCGCCCUGAAGAAAGCCAACAAGGAGCGGGAGCUGAAGAGGCAGCGGGUGCGCGAGUUGGCCAAGGCCAAGCAGGAGAUGGCGGCCCUGAGGCUGGAGCACCAGAAGCUGAGCAUCAAGCUGCAGGACUACUCCAUUUUCAACAAGUACCUGGAGAAGGUGGUGGAGAACUCAGAGUUCGAGGAGAUCCACGAGGUGAUUUCACGCUACAAGACGCUGGUAAGCAUGCACCAGGACCUCAUGAAGUCGGCGCAGGAGGGCCAGGAGAAGAUCGAGCGGGCCAAGGCGAGGCUGGCGCGCUACAUGGAGGAGAAAGAUGACGAGAUCCUGCAGCACAACAACGAGCUGGCGCGUCUACAGAUGCGCUUCGACCGAGCCCGCAGCGAUGUCAUCAUCUGGGAAUCUCGCUGGGCACACAUCCAGAACACUGCAGCCAAGAAGACCCUCUUGCUUGGCACCAUUAAGAUGGCCACACUGAACCUUUUCCAGAUCGUGAGCAAGCAGCUGAAGGAGACCACCACUGUGUCCCUGGAGGACACGCACAAACAGCUGGACAUGAUCCAGCAAUUUAUCCAGGAUCUGUCAGACAUCUGGGCAGAGGUGAGGAAGAAGGAACAGCAGCAAAUCCGGGUUUAAGGCCGCAGUUC